AUGCCGCUCCACACCAGGCCAGGCAGACGUCUUCGCAUUGUCUGCUGGAACUCUGGGGGGUUGAACACUGUAACAUACCAGGAAGUCCUCCAGUGGCUUAAGCAGGAGGACCAAGCUGGCAGAUCCGUCGAUAUCAUGUGUGUCGUCGAAACUGCAUGGCGGGAGGACUCUGAGUUCACCACCCGCAAAGACCCGAAUGUUCCGCGCGAUCCCCAAUGGCAUGCCGUGCACACUGGCACCAAAGAGAAGGCAGGGGUUUUGUGUCUCAUUCGAGCCACUCUGGUUGCAGCCGAUGAGAUCCGCUACAAUGUACUCCAGGCCGGCCGCCUGUUACAUGUACGGCUACAGCUGCAGGUUCCUCUUGACAUUCUCUGCAUCUAUCAGAUAGCGUGGAAUCCCAGCCGCUCCACUCUGGAUCCCUCACAUAAGGUUGAACAGCUGGUGCAGCAAAGAGACAAGCUGUGGAAGAAAAUGUCACAGUGGGUGGCCCAAGUGCCACUCCGACACGGCUUUCUCAUGCUCGGUGACUUCAAUACGCCACUCAAGCAGGAACUUCCGUUUUGUGGGCCAGGUCUCGCCUCGGCCAAAGACCCCCCACAUAAAGAUCGCGAGUCUUUUCAAGCCCUGCUUCGGCAAGCUGGAGGCCGGGCCCUGAACACGUGGUCAACCUCCGGGUGCUCUGCACGAACAUUCUUGCCACCGACGGCCAGUGCUGAUGCCCUAGGCACACAGAUCGACUACAUCAUUGUCCGGGAUGGCAUGUGUGACCAGGAGGCCAGAAAGACUAAACCCACGGAUGCACCGUUCAUCCCACACAGCGGUUGCAGGCACUUGCUACUCUGUGGCACGGUGCCCUUGCCAUCUCCUCCCAGGUCCAGGCAAAGCAGACCCACUCGUGUCAUACCCAAUCGUGUCCAACGGACCCUUGGUGACCCACGCCAGGUUGAGGCACUCUGGCAGGCGACUGCACACCUGGAAUCAGGUACACAUGCCCCCCCUCCGGACCUCGAUCUGGAUGCAGCACUUGCACAAAGUUGGGCCCUGAUCGCCAGGCCAUCGUCACAGCCCCAACAGGCGACCGUCUUCACCACAACCGCUAUUGAAACUGCUGCAACUACCCAGCUGGUCAGGCAACUGUGGCAGAUCCGGGAUUGCCUCAAAAGCCAGGCUCGCUAUGUGGCCCAGGCGCAAGCGGAAGUGUUCCUUGUCAACAUGUGGCAUGGAUGGAGACACGUCUGCCACCUGCAAAAGACACAACGGGAGCUUCGCCGACGAGGUCGGCAAAGGAAAAUAGCACAGGUCGUGGCUGCUGUGGAAGCCGACAAUGUGUUCCAGGCUGCCAAACAGUUCGCUCCGAAGACUCGCAGACGCAGAUUGCAGCUCCGCACCGAGCAAGGAACUGUUCAGACCCAUGAGGAAGAGUUCCACACAAUCACUGCUUACUUCAGGAAACUGUAUGGUGGCCCAGCUCCGUCCCCGAACUUCCUCAGCGAGGCUCUGCACAUCUCACCGGUGGAGGUCAGUCAAGCCAUCCGCCACCUGGCACCAGGUAAAGCGAUGCCGAGCUACUCUGCCCCGGCUGCCGUUUGGAAGGCCCUCCAUUCCAGAAUCGUCCCCCUCAUCACAUAUCAGUUCGCUCAUGUUCUCCAGCCCGGCCCACUGGUGCUACCGAGACAAUGGUGUAUUAGCGAAUUAGUCCUCCUCCCGAAGCCGGGGAAGGCAUUGACCAGUGUCGACCAGUUGAGGCCCAUAUGCCUCCUGGCUCCAAUGGCCAAAGUCUUGGCGGUCACCUUGGCGGACCGGUUGAGGCCCUUUGCCUCCCGUUACCUUCGCAACAUUAGCCAAUUCGCAUACCUUCCACAAAGGUCCCUCUCCCAGGCAUUGGAGCGGGUAGCCGCCCACUGCUCCGAAGUGAAGGCCCUGUUGGCUGCGCAUAGCCGAAAUCCCUACACUAGCAGUCGAUCAGCCAAGUUGCACUGUGUGGAGGGUGGCAUCAUGUUGUCGCUCGACAUCUCGAAGGCUUAUGAUUGUGUUAGUCGAAGCAUGUUAACAGACACUCUCAAUGAUGCUGCUGUUCCGCCGGCUUUACUUGAGGCCAUCCUUGCGAUACACGAUCAAGCUUGCAUCCGAGUGACACACCAUCAAUGCCAACAAGAUGUCCCGUUGCACACGGGACUGAGACAAGGCUGUGGACUUUCGCCUGUGUUGUGGGCGAUGGUGUCGGGCUGGCUCCUCAAGCAGCUCCCAGGUAUGGACCUAGAGGAAAAAGCACGCUGUGCUACAGCCUACGCCGACGACUUCUUAUACAAGUGGAUCAUCAAGUCGGGCCGUGCUCUCGAGGAGGCCUACUCCAAAAUUCGCCAAGUUCUCAUUCACCUGAGUGCCCAUGGCCUCGAAAUCAGCACCUCCAAGACCGUCAUCCUGGUGGAACUCCGUGGAUCAAAAGCCCAACAGGCCCUCCGUAAAUACACAGUGACACUAAAAGACGGCCUCUACAUGCGUUUCCAGCUUGGAGCCAAGCAGGUUGAUCUUAAAAUAGUGCCGCACCAUGUGUACUUAGGAGCGGUGAUCGGAUACCGAAGAAUGGGCCCUGACACAUUGAAGCAUCGUGUGGCUCUUGCAACAGAUCAAUUCAGCCGCCUCCGCCCAAUUCUUCGAUGCCGCGCGGUGCCACAGCAGCUGCGGCUCAGACUUUGGCAUGCAUGCAUCCCCUCGUGUCUUCUCCAUGGCCUGGAUUGUACGGGUUUGACUAGCCCCGAGGCAAUGCAAGUGCGAAGCCUCAUUGUUCAGCAGGCCCGCACGGUCGUGAACUCGCAUAGCAUGUGGACACAUGAAACCAACCAGGACUUCACGCGCAGACUCCAGAUUGUGCAACCGCUGGAGCGCCUCCACCAGGCCAUCCUGCACCGCCAACGGUUAGAUUCGGCACAGCUCCAAUGGAGAGCUGUACUUCUCAGCCAAGUGCAGCUUGCUGAGCCGGGCCCGUCUGCAGAGCCCAUGCCAGCGCAUGUUGUUCCGGUCCAUCAGAUUGCUGAAAUCUUCGACUGCCCGGAGUGCGGCUUGCCAGAGGUAGACAGCUGUGCGACUCCCAAGAUGACCCUCCCACCUCUGUCGGAGGAAGCAUCCACCGAAGAGGCGACCAAGCAGAGACUGCUAGAAGCCACGGAGGAGCUACGAAUGAUGGAGUCCCUUGCACCCAAGGGAAGCGUGGGAUUGCCUUCCGCCCUGAGCCAAGGGGCCCUACAGGAAGCACCGGAUGUGGCGAUGGGGCGGGGGCCAGUGGACGAGGCCGGGCGCAGAGCGGAGUCCGACAGGCCACAGAAGUGGCUGAAACCGGGCGCCACAGGCUCGGCAGACCUCGGAAAAGGUCAGCCCCCCCGGCCGCCGGCCAAAGCAUCCAGGCAGCAUUCAAACAAGGGCGGCGGCAAGGGCAAGUACCGACAGGCACCAUGGCGCCAGGACACGGAGCAGGAGGAAUGGUACGAGGAAGAUCAGUGGACCUCGAACCACCGCGAGAGCCAGUACAUUCAGUAUCUGAAAACGCGUGUGGACCUCCUCACCACCCUUCUUCUACGCCACGACAAUCAACUGUCGAUCCUCAGGCUGGACAGCACUUUCAUGGUGUUCAUCAGGACGGAUAUGGAGGGCAGCUUGGCCAAGGCUCUGUACGACACAGGGGUGACUUGGAAAGAGACCAAGGAGAAGGAGCCAACGAAGUUGGACUCCCCGAUGCGGGUGGUUCUGUGCCAGGCCCUUUUCACGGCAGUGGCAUCGAGGUUCGAGCAGAUGGUGAAUGCCGAGGACUCCAGGACCACGGCUAUCCAGCUCGGAUGGCUCACAGCGGAUGCCACCAAACUCAAUCGCAUGAAGUGGGACCACGAGGCCAAGAAGCAUGUGAUCGACUCGGACGGCACCCAGCUGGAGGUCAAGAAAGCGCUCAGCAUGAUCAUGGAGCUAGUGGUCCUGUGCAAGGAGCCGCUGGUGGUGAACCGCUUCCACGCCACGCGGCCUAUGACCAAGGAGACCGAAGCGGCGACGCUGCCGAUGCUCUUGGAUCUUGGGAUGAGAACACCAUCGGCGGACAAGGCUUGGGGACUACUACGGGAUCUAUGCGGAUCCGCCAUCUGGUUGGCAGCGGGGGUGAAUGUCCGCCCGGAGCGUCUUCAGCGAGGCCCUCUGCCCCAGAAGCUUGCGGCGAUGCAGGCGAAAUCCAGCUGGAGCGGCAGAUCCUAG